GUUAUUUCCAGAAAUACCAAGUUUCGAUUUGAAGCGUUUAACAUAAAACUUUAAAAGGUGAUGGAGAAAGUUUUAUAUCAUUACACCGACCUGCAGUCGGCGACGCUCAUCCGAAAUACUGGACUGAUAAAACAGUCUGUGAUUAACGCUACAUUUGGAACGGGGGUCUACCUUACUGAAAUCCAACCCACUGCGUCCUUCAACGAGAUUCUUUUCAACAACUAUGACGACGAUGUGUCAAGGAGACAGUGGAAACAACUGAUCGAACAAAGAGGGAUGAAAUGUGAAGUUUGCAUUGUGCUGAAAAUAAGCAGACGUCUGUUUCAAGAAAAGGUCGUGCAGUGCGAAACUGGGCGGAACGUCUUCUUAUAUCGGGGAGACUUGAUCUUGGCGCAAAUGAAUGAGGUCGUAUUCCGUGUUCGCUGAAACACGAUUAUUACAUCGCGUCAAUUUCAUUAUACAUAUUAAACAUUGCAGGAUCAAUUUUUAGGGAUUUUCUUCACUUUCCAAGACUUUUAAUUAGAUGUUCUGUCAUCUGCAUUUCUGUGAGACUACGAUAAAUAAACAGCACACAAUUAUGUACAUGGAAAUAUAUCAGUAGAAAUAAAUAUAUAAAAUAGUAA